GGUCGGUUCUCCCGUGUGCCACCCCCAACUCGGUCAUGAAACCCUCGGAGUGGUUUGCGGCUGUGCGCCGUGGGAAGGCAAGUGCAGAUCCGGAUGGGUGAAGUGCCCACGCAAGGACCAGCACGAUGAAGAGAUGCGUGUGUGAGUAGCAGGCCUUUGGACCACGCCAGAAGGAGACCAACCGUGUGGACAGGGCUGGACAGUGAGCACACGUGCUUGUGGAGUAGAUGAGGCUUGGGCUUGUGAUUAUGCUGACAUUCCAGCAUGAAUCUGGUGGACCUGUGGUUAACUCGCUCCCUCUCCAUGUGUCUCCUCCUCCAAAGUUUUGUUCUCAUGAUACUGUGCUUUCAUUCCGCCAGUAUGUGUCCCAAGGGCUGUCUCUGUUCUUCCUCUGGGGGUUUAAAUGUCACCUGUAGCAAUGCGAAUCUCAAGGAAAUACCUAGAGAUCUUCCUCCUGAAACGGUCCUCUUGUACCUGGACUCCAAUCAGAUCACAUCCAUCCCCAAUGAGAUUUUUAAGGACCUCCAUCAACUAAGAGUUCUCAACCUGUCCAAAAACGGCAUCGAGUUUAUCGACGAGCACGCCUUCAAGGGAGUCGCUGAAACUCUGCAGACUCUGGACUUGUCUGACAACCGGAUUCAGAGCGUGCACAAAAACGCCUUCAAUAACCUGAAGGCCAGGGCCAGAAUUGCCAACAACCCCUGGCACUGUGACUGUACGCUCCAGCAAGUCCUGCGGAGCAUGGUGUCCAAUCAUGAGACAGCCCACAGUGUGAUCUGCAAGACCUCCGUGCUGGACGAACAUGCUGGGAGGCCGUUCCUCAACGCUGCCAAUGACGCCGACCUUUGUAACCUCCCUAAAAAAACAACUGACUACGCCAUGCUGGUCACCAUGUUUGGCUGGUUCACCAUGGUGAUCUCUUACGUAGUGUAUUACGUGAGGCAGAACCAGGAGGAUGCGCGGAGACACCUCGAAUACUUGAAGUCCCUGCCAAGCAGGCAAAAGAAAGCUGACGAACCCGACGACAUUAGCACCGUGGUGUAGCGUCCGAGCUGCCUGGCAUCGAAAAGGAAAUCCGUUUGGGAUUGCGGUAGAAUAAGCUGAUUUACUUCUCUCAUCCAUUGUAAACAUUUGAAACUUUGUAUCUCAGUCUCCUUUGAAUUAUGCCACUGUCGAACUUUGAACAAACGUGACAACCUAACAACUCAUUUUCGUUUAGGCAAUCCACCCCUGAAUUGUACCCCUGGCGGUAUAUUCCCAAGUCGGCUACUUCUCUGAACCUC